GGACAGAUGCAAACUCAACCGCGAAAACGUGCUGUGGGUGAAAUAAUAAAGUUUUUAGGAUGAGAUUAUAGAGAGUUUAUAACAGCUCUGGAUGUGUGUACAGGAGAGACAGUGACUCAUCAUGGCUGCUUCCCGGUGCUGUAGACAGCAUUGACAGAGCAGACUUCUCUCUCUGAAGCGAUCAGAUACGAUACUGUUACGAGUUGCAGCCUCCUUGAUACGAGCAUGACAUCAAAAAAGGUUCCUGCAGCUGUACUUAAAGAUGUUGUGGCAUAUGUGGAUGUGUGGUCUGCGAGUAAGACGGAGAAUUACUCAGAUCCCUUUAUUCAACAACUUCGCGAUAUGGGAGCUCAAGUGUGUAAAACCUUUAACAAACAAGUAACACACGUAGUGUUUAAACAUGGCCAUCAAGCCACAUGGAACAAAGCGAAGAAAAUGGGUGUAAAGAUGGUGUCUGUCCACUGGGUGGCCAGGUGUAAAGAGAACAACGAACACGCUGAUGAAGACCUUUUUCCUGCCCACAAUGAGGAGUCCCAACUUAAUCUCUUGAAAAAGAGAACACACCGUUGUAUGCAGCCCAGAGACAUGCCUGUCAGCACCCCUAAAAGGCUGAAGAGAAAGUUGGACAAGAUGAUGGAAGAACUAGGUCGCUCUCCCCCCAUAGUUACAGAUACAGACACAUCUCCAUUUAUUAUUGAUGAGGAGAACGGGAUAGUAUACAGUCCCUCAUCUAGAAGGGCUGACACCAUGGCGCAGCGGUUAAGGGAAAUGAGAAAACAGCGGGAGAAUCUCUCUCCAACUGCUUCCCAAAUUCAGGGCUCGCAAACAGAUGACUCUAUAAGGCCAUCGCUUGGGGACACGCCCACAGACUUAAACUUGCUGCUACUGGAGGAAGACGAAGGAGUUUCAGAUUGCUUGUCACACACCAACUACUGCUCCAGCAGUGAGAAAGGAGUGAAAGAGCACCACAAAAAAAUAUCGACUAAGACAUCUGUAAGCUGUGUUGAGAAGUCGCCCCCUGACCCAGACGGCAAUGUGAGCUUCAGCUCUUCAGGGGUUAAAGAACUAGAAGGCCCAUCGCUACGUCGUAAAAGGCGAGGCAGAUCCUCUUCUGGAGUGACAAAACAGUCUUCUUUAGAUUCUUACAUGCGUACAGCAUCAUCGCAAAAAUCAGCCUCACCUCUUUUAUCUGAGCCUAAAACUGCAGCUAAGGAACCUAGAAAGUCUUUAGACAAUAGGAGAAAAUCUCAAAUCAGGUCUUCUUUAAGCAGUAUGGAAACUAUACUAAGCCGAAUUCCACAAAGCACAAAAGAAAUAAAGAUGAACACUGACUCAGGCGAUUGUGACCGCACACGUUUGCCGAAAAUCGCUUGUUCACCUAAAAGCAGUGACCUGAAAGUUCGGAAACAAAAGCAAGCAGACAUGUCAGGAUCCCGUGUCUGUUUUGACGCUCGUAACAAUAACGACGAUGACAGCGUGUUUGAGGACUAUUUCACCUCUGCGAAUGACGUGCCAAAGCGAAAAGUCCUGGUGGUUCACUCGACUUCUGAAACGGAGCGUUUGCCGUCUUUUGACCUGGAGCCUCUGAACAAAACUAGACGUAAGAGCCAUUCACAGGAAAACUGCAGCAGAAACAGAAAAUCCAAAACCUUAAAUGAUAGAGGAGUCAUGGAGGCAUCGUGCCCGCCAGAGGAAGAGAUGCUGGCCGCGUGUUUGGGUGCGUCUCUCCCAGGCCCUAAAGAAUCCAAAUGUGAGAAGCCAGAUCAAGAGCCUAUGGCAAAGAAACAGAGGAGGAGAACCAAGCAGAACUUGGUUACACUUACAGAAAGCACACACAGUAAAAGCACUUCAGAUGGGCUCACUGACAGCUGUACUGAAUUGUCUAGCAACAUGAACACAAAACGGAUUGUGCAAAUGGAUAAGUACAUGAAGAAAAAUAGAACAUUAGUAAUGACUAGCAUGCCAACUGAGAAACAGCAGACGGUCUUACAGGUGGUGAACUGUCUGGGUGGCUUCACCGUGGUUGACGCGGUGUGCGAGAGUACGACACAUGUUGUAUCGGGGAGUCCACGACGCACGCUCAAUAUCCUCCUGGGCAUCGCACGAGGGUGCUGGAUUCUCUCCUUUGAAUGGAUCUUAUGGUGUCUAGAGCACCGGCAGUGGGUUCCAGAGGAGCCCUAUGAACUAUCAGAUCACUUUCCUGCUGCGCCGAUCUGCCGGUUGCAGCAGCAUCUUUCGGCGGGAGAGCAUCAGCAGGAUCUGUUCAGGGAGGAGCCACUCAUAUUCGUGUCGUCGCUGUCACAGCCACCCUGCCACAGUCUCACUGAACUCAUCCAGCUGUGUGGAGGCUCUGUGUGCAGAAGCGUUCGGCAGGCCGGCAUCUGCAUCGGGGAAUACAAGGGCAAAAAGCCUGAAGGGGCCAAGUGCCUAUCAGAACAGUGGAUUUUAGAUUGCGUGACUCAUCAUGUCCUGCUUCCAUAUGACAACUAUGUUCUGGAGUAAAGAGACACUGUGUGAUGGUGAUAUUUUCCUGUAAAUGUGUGUUUUUGGUAAUUUGAUGUUUUCUUUUAUUAAUAUUGAUGUCUGAUGUUUUUGUUGUAUGUUAUACUGUUAAUAAAACUUGUCAUGUUUCACUA